UGCGGCGGCUGUGCGCUCUCUCCGGGCCCGAGGACCUGGUGGCUGCUCCCUGCGCGCAGCGGCCCUGCCUCGCGGCCAUGGUCCUGUACCCGGUGAUGCGGAAGUUGCUGGACAAGCGCGUGGUGUUGGCCGGCGCCUCCCCGCGGCGCCAGGAGAUCCUAAGCCACGCGGGGCUCAGGUUCACGGUGGUUCCUUCCAGGUUUCAAGAGAAUCUCAGGAAAGCCCCCUCCCCCACGCCUUUCCCAUACGCCAUGGACACAGCCAAGCAGAAGGCCCUGGAGGUGGCCAGGAGCAUGCACCAGAAACACGGGAAGGCUGUGGAAGACAGAGAUGGCAAACCCACGGUGCAGAGCCUCCCCCCGACUGCCAUUGUGGAACUGAUAGACGGCUUCAAGGGGUCCAAGGCCCUGUUCACGGCUUGCAAGAUGAAGGUGUUCGAUUUGCUGGGGGACGAGGGCCCCCUGAGCGGGGCGGACGUUGCCAGGAAAAUCGGUGCCUCAGAGGGCGGAACUGGACAGCUGCUGGACGUCUGUGCAGGCCUGGGCCUGCUGGACAAGACAGAGGGAGGUUAUAGCAACACACCCCUGGCCACCCUAUACCUGCUGUCAGAUGGCGAGUACUCCCUGCACAGCUACGUCAUGGUACAUGAGGAACUCGUAUGGCCCUUCUACUCCUACCUGGACUUUGCUGUCCGGGAGGGCAUCGUCCAGGCCCAGAGGGCUCUGGGCACAGCGGGGGAGGACCACUAUCAGUUCUUCUUCCCAAAUCGAGAAAAGAAGCUGCAGUUCAUGCGGGCCAUGCACGGCCACACCAAGGUGGCUGCUCGCCACGUGGCCACAGCCUUUGACCUGUCUGGAUUCACCUCUGCCUGCGACCUGGGAGGGUCCACAGGCGCCCUUGCCUACGAGCUGGCCCGGCAGUACCCGGGUCUGAAGGUGACCAUAUUUGACCUACCAGAGGUCAUCGAGGAUGCCGUGUUCUUUAAGCCCCAUGGACCCGAGGCAGGGCAGGUCAGCUUCGUGCCAGGGGACUUUUUCCAAGACACCCUCCCGGAGGCUGACCUGUACAUCGUGUCCAAAAUUCUGCACAACUGGCCCGACGACAAGGUGCACCAGCUGCUGAGCCGCAUCUCCCGCAGCUGCAAGCCAGGUGGCGGCCUCCUGGUGGCGGAACAGCUGCUGGACGAGGACAAGUGCAGGCCCCUGCCCGCCUUGAUGAUGUCGCUGAACAUGACGGUGCUGUUCCAGGCCAGGGAGCGCAGCCUGAGCGAGUACCGCAGCCUGCUGCAGGCACACGGCUUCACCGACGUGCGGGCCGUGCGCACUGGGAGCACCUCGGAUGCCGUCCUGGCCACCAGAGCCUGACGGCCACCUGUAUGCCAGUCCCAGGGUCACUCCCCAGGGAGGACACUGGCCCACAGUCCCCCACUGUGGUCCAUAGAUAGAAAGUUUCCUGCAAGGGGCUGGAGUCACUCCCCAGUCUAAGGAAUGGGGCCAGCAGCGCCACCUGGAGCUUUUUGGUGGGGCAGCACGGGACAAGGGCAGUGCCAGCUGGGGUCCUUCCCUUCAGGAUGCCGGGCCACACAUCCUCUGUGGGGGCCUGGCCAGCUGACCUUGUGGCUCGGAUGUCCCCUUCACAGGGGCCUUGUCUACACCACCUCUCUCCACCAGCCGUGAGUACAUUCCACCACCUCUCUCCUCUCCCCAGCCAGACUUCCAGUACCUGUGACAACCUAGCUGUCCUGUCCUAUGUCCCCUGUGGGGGAUCGUCCUGCCCUCCCUCCCCACUGGUUACUCAGCCUCUUUUGGGAGCUCAUGGCUUAGGCAGGUGAAGGUUUCCUGGGUGAAGGUGAUUGUUCACCACAACGUCCCCACACUCUGCAGCUGGGACUCUGUGUCCUGGUAAGGUGUCCGUUUCCCUAAAGAGUAAGGAAGCGCGUGCACACUGGUCAGCGGGAGGCAGUGGGCAGGGUGACCGGUGGUAUCAUUCAGAUGGAUCUGUUCAAUCUCCCUUGCAGCUCCAAUCAGCAGUCUGUAGGAC